AUGGUAUUGCAGUAUGCCAAUCAAGGAACAUUAAGACAUUAUUUACAAAAUAAUUUUGCUUCGCUUAAUUGGGUUAACAAAAUAGAAAUGGCUUUUGAUCUUGCAUGUGGGUUGUUGUGCUUACAUACCCGAGAUAUUGUUCACAGAGAUUUGCAUGCAAAGAACAUAUUGGUUCACAAGAAUGUGUUGAUGAUCUCUGACUUUGGAUUAUCCAAGCGAUUGAAUUCUGACUCGAUUUAUGGUGAACUUCGUGGAAUGCCGGCAUAUGUUGAUCCGCAAUGUUUUAAAAUCAAAAAUUACCAUAGAGAUAAAAAAUCAGACAUUUAUAGUUUGGGCGUUCUCUUGUGGGAAUUAACUAGUGGAUAUCCUCCUUUUCUGCAGUCAACGAAUGAUGAAUUGUCUCGAUCUGAAAACGGCUAUAUUGUCAUGGUGCCAAUUUCACUAAUGUUACCAGAUGAAUUAAGCGGCGAGUCAUCCGAUAUUAAUCAAGAGGAAUGUGACAAUUCUUCAACGGUUGACACACAAAGUAUCAACGAGAAGAAAUUGGAAUGUGCCAAUUCGUCAUCGAUGGACAUACAAAGCAUCGACGAGCAUGAAGAUGAAUUAAUCAAUUCGUCAUCAUUUGUUGAGUCACAAAGUGUGGAUGAUGAAUGCAAUAAUUCGUCACCGGUUGUCAUACAAAGUAUCGACGAGAAGAAAUUGGAUUGCGGAAAUUCGUCAUUGAUUGACACACACGAGCAUGAAGAGGAAUUAUUCAACUCGUUGUCAUCGGUUGAUUCACAAAGCGUGGAUGAAAAUAAGGAGGAAUGCGACAAUUCGUCAUUAGUUAUUUUACAAAGUAUUAAUGAAACAAGUGCCGCAUUAUAUGAGAUCAUUCAAAAUUAUGUAAUAUAUAAUCAUGUCGGAGAUUCAAAAAAUUUUAAUUUUACAAAGAUUUUAAAAAAUUUCUUAACAAAGUCACGAGAUAUCUUUGGUUUUCUUGUUGAAAAUCCAAGCAUACAACAUUAUGAAUUAAUGAUUGGAGUAUUUUAUGAGAUGGGGUUCGGAAUUGAAAAAAAUAAGACGAAAGCAUUCGAUUGGUAUAAAAAAGCAGGUGAUAAAGAGGAUGUUUAUGGACUUUAUAAAGUUGGAUAUUAUUAUUUUGAUGGAUGGGGUGAAGCAGCUGGCGAUGAUGAACAUUAUAAGUUGGCAUUUGAAUUUUAUGAAGCUGCCGCUAGUGGUGAAUUAAAUAUAGCCAUACAUAUGCUCGCAUUUUUUUAUGAAUAUGGUUUUCAUGUACAAAAAGAUUAUGAUGAAGCGUUUAAAUUAUAUAAAAAAGCUGCUGAAAAUGGAUUCAUCCCGUCUCAGGUAGAGUUAUCAAGGUAUUAUUAUUCCGGUAGAGGAACUCAAAAAGAUAAAAUGGAAGCUUUAAAAUGGUAUCAAUUGUAUCAAAAAAAUGAUGGAUUAAUUAAUGUUUCUGAUGAGAUUAAAAAGAUUGAAAGGAAAAUGGAGAAACAAGAAGAUGGAACUUAUAUUUAUAAACGUUCAAAAAGCAUUCUUAACGUUAAUUAUUUUCAAUCAUCUAAAAAUAAUGAUAUUUAUGGUGUUUUGCCAUUUGUAGCACCUGAAGUUUUAAGAGGUCAGCCUUAUACUUUAGCUAGUGAUAUAUAUAGUUUUUCUAUGAUUAUGUGGGAAUUUAUAUCUGGAAUUCCUCCAUUUGAUAAUAAAGCUCAUGAUUUUCAACUUAGCUUAGAAAUUUGUAAAGGUAAACGCCCUAAAAUUAUUGAAAAUAUUCCACAAUGUUAUAUUGCUUUAAUGAAAAAAUGUUGGGAUAGUGAUCCAUUAAAAAGACCAACCGCAUCAGAAAUUAUAAAUAUUAUUGGAAAUUGGUAUCAAAUUAUUGACGGAUAUGAAACUUAUAAUUAUGUAGAUGAAAAAUUAUUAAAUGAUUUCAUAGAAUUUCAGAAUGCGGAUGGAAUUUUAGAACAAGAACUACUUGAUUCAAAUACUUUUACUAUCGCUAUUUAUUCAACUUCUCUAGAAUUAUAUGGAAUAACUCAAGACCCCGAAACUUUGAAUUAUAUAAUCAUUAUGCAAGAAGCAAUAUGUGGAAAUUUAGGAUCAAAUUUAGCAAUUAAGAAAUAUAAUCCAAAUGAUAAAUUUCAUAAUUUGUAUACUGUCGCAAAAGCACUUUCGGCAUUGCAUAAAUGUGAUUUAAUUCAUGGAGAUCUUCAUGGCGGUAACUUGCUUUUACAUGAUUCAGAACUUGUUUUUAUAAGUGAUCUUGGAUUAUGCCGACCUGUCAAUAAGCAAUCUGAUGAAAUUUACGGAGUACUUCCUUAUGUUGCGCCAGAAGUUUUUAGUAGUAAAAUGUAUACUAAAGCUGCAGAUAUUUAUUCAUUUGGUAUAAUUAUGUGGGAAAUGACGUCUGGUAUUCCUGCAUUUCAUAAUAUUGUCCAUAAUCUUCAACUUUCUUCAAGCAUACGUCGUGGAUUAAGGCCGAUAACUGUUGAAGGAACGUUACCUGAAUAUGCAGAAUUAAUGAAAAAAUGUUGGGAUCCUGAUCCUAGUCAAAGACCAACUGCUGAUAUCUUAGAAAAUAUUUUUGAUGAAUGGAGAAGAAAAUAUCCGUUUAAUUACUUCAAUAGAAUUACUGUACCAGAUAAUAAUGAAUUUAUCAUUGAAUAUCAAUCAUCAUACAUAAGUGUAGAAUUUAACUUGAAAAAAAUUAACUCCGCUGAAUCAAUGGAAGACUCGUUAUCUGAAAUAAUUAGUAAUCCUACAGAGGUUUUGACAAAAGAAAAUUCGAAUGAUUUAAUGAGUUUAUUAAUAGAAGAAGAAUUAUCGAUAGAUCCAGAGUUUUAUACAAAAAUGAUUAAUUAUUGUAGUAAAAAAUUAAAUGAAGUUCAUAAAAAUGAUAACAUAAUGAUCUAUACAAAACAGAUAAUUGAUUGUACUAAAAAUUCAGAGACAAAGAUGACUAAGUAG